AUGGGGGCGUUUAAUGGCGGCUGAGGGGCGGCCCCGGAGCGCAGGGGGUUCCGGGGAGAGCUGGGACACACACAGGGCUUCAUUGCCGGCAUCGCCYCCGGAGCGAGUGGGGCUCACCCGCCUGUGGGGCCCCUUCCUUCUGCUCCAACAUGAAGAGCACCCGGAGCUGCUGCUCUGUCCAGAGCUCUGACGUUGCAGAUCUGUUCCUGACGGGGCUCCCGRUGCCGGUGUCGCGCCGCCCCGGCAGCGCCUCUCCUGCCAAGCUCAUGGCGCGCUCCGUGUCCGUGGCUGCUGAUGGCAAAGCCAAGAGGAACGCUCCGGAAGAUGCGGGAUCCCGGGCCAUGAACAACCUGCGCAGGUCCAACAGCACCACCCAGGUGAACCAGCGGGUGAACAGCUCACACAGCUCAGAGCAGACUGGAGACUUCCUGGCCUUCUUUGAGAGCGGUCCAGGAGGAAGGAAGAAACUGGCAACUCUGAGCAAAACAUCCCCAGAAAAGAAAACCACRUGGAAUAUCCUGGAUGACCAGCCCCGGGCAUUCCCAGGCCCCUCUGGCUCSCCUGGCAUCGAGCCACCCGUGGGCAUGAGGAGGAAGGAAGCCACCGUKCUCCUGGCUGCCAACUUCACUGCCAACAACAGGAGCAACAAGGGUGCGAUGGGCAACUGCGUCACCACCAUGGUGCACAACAACUAYUCCACUGCUGAGAAGGGUCCCGCUCCCAAGAGCUCCAACCAGGCUCCCAGCUCCCUCAACAACGUCGUCAAAGCGACCUCGAAUGAGGACGGGGAAGGCAGCAGCAGCUUCGUGAAGUCUCAGAAGAAUUUCUCCAGCAACAACAUCAUGACCCACAACAACAGCAGUAGCAGCAGCAGCAGCAGCAGCAGCAGCGUUCCCCGGAGGAGGGAGGUGACCGAGGAGGAGGCUGAGAGGUUCAUCCAGCAGGUGAACCUGGCUGCUGUCACCAUCCAGCGCUGGUAYCGGCGCCACUCCCAGCGCCACAGGACAGCAGCAGCGGCUCUGGGGCGCCUGAUGGCUGCCAAAAGGGAGGAAAGGCAGCAGCGGAUUGAGGAGGGGAAUAUCCUGGAUUUGCAGGAGAGGAAGGACGAGGAACGCCGCAAGAUCCGGGAGGAGAAGGCACGCCUGGCCCGGCACGCUGCCAUCCAGGAGCUGCACCAGAAAAGGGCCCAAAAGGCCUCAGAGACAAAGAGCUCAGCAGAAGAGCUGGUGCUGGUGAAGGAGAGCAGGAGGGUGCCCAAGAAGAAGCCUGGUGCCAAAGCUGGCUCAGCCAGGAAUGUCAGCCCGGCCAGCAGCCUCACCAAAGCCAACAACGCCGAGGCCAAUUCCCCCUCGGCAGCCGUGGAGCAGGAAGGAAGUGGCCUGGCAGCCCUUGGCACCGUGCCCUCACAGGACCACGGGGCAGAGGACAAGCUGCAGGAUGUGAGCUCCAGGGAGAYGGAUAAUGAGGACCUGGAGACAGCAGUGACMGCGGGCAGCARGGCCCCGUCCAAGGUCACCCUCAAUGACCUGCUGGACACGCUCCGGCUGCUGGAGGAGGAGCCAGAGCUGCUGCCCCCRCCCAAACUCAUCAAGAAGGAUGGAUAUGCCUGGAUGGACAGGGAGCCCAGCUCCAAUUCCCUGACUGCUGAUAAUUUGGAGAAGUUUGGGAAGCUGAACCACUCGCCAGGGGUCCCUGAGGACGGGGCUCUGCUCUCAGAGGCCAAGCUCCAAAGCAUCAUCAGUUUCCUGGAUGAGAUGGAGAAAUCRGAGCAGGAGAGGCCCAGGUCGGCUGCUUCAGGUUUCCUUUUGGAAGAGGAGCUGGCUCACGUGGAGCAGGUGUCRGCUGUUGCCACGGAGGUGACGAGCUCCAUGAUGAGGCUGAAGCUGGAGGUGGAGGAGAAGAAGAGAGCCAUCAGCYUGCUGCAGACUGCUCUGACUCAGCAGAGGGAACUGACUGACCGACACGUCAAACAGACGGAGAAGGAGCUCAGCCACCAGCUCAGGCUGCAGAGGGAGCAGUAUGAGGCAGCUAUCCAGAGGCACCUGGCCUUCAUCGACCAGCUCCUCGAUGACAAGAAGGUGCUGAGCGAGAAGUGUGAGGCCGUGGUGGCAGAGCUGAAACAAGUGGACCACAAGUAUGGCCAGAAGAUCACCCAGAUGCAGGAGCAGCAYGAGCUGGAGAUUAAGAAACUGAAGGAACUCAUGAGUGCAACUGAGAAAGUCCGACGGGAGAAGUGGAUUGAGGAGAAAACCAAAAARAUCAAAGAAAUCACUGUGAAAGGGCUGGAGCCGGAGAUCCAGAAGCUCAUGGCCAAGCACCGUGAGGAGAUCCGGCAGCUGAAGCUGCUGCACGAGGCCGAGCUGCUGCAGUCGGACGAGCGGGCGGCCCAGCACUACGGGCGGCAGGCACAGGAGCUGCGGGGGCUGCUGGAGCGUGAUGUUGAUGCUGGGGGCUGUCUGUGUAGGCAGCGGGCCGAGGCAGAGGAGCUGCAGCGGCAGCUGGAGGCCAACAGCUCUGCCCUCACCCGGGCGCUGCGGGAYGAGUACGCCAAGGAGAAGGAGGAGCAGGAGAGGCGGCACCAGGCAGAACUGAAGGUGCUGAAGGAUCAGCUGGAGCUGGAGAAGCAGGCCUGGGAGGCCAACUACAUGAAGAAGGAGGAAGCCUGGCUGCUCUCUCGGGAGAGGGAGCUGCGGGAGGAGAUGAGGAAGGAGAGGGACAAAGAGAUCGAGCUGGUGAUCCAGCGCCUGGAGGCCGACACRUCCUUGGCCAAGGAGGAGUGCGAGAGGGCAGCAGAGAACAGGAUCAAGAGGAUCCGAGACAAGUACGAGGUGGAGCUGCAGGAGCUGGAGCGCUCGGAGCGSAAGCUGCAGGAGCGCUGCAAUGAGCUCAAGGGGCGGCUGGCCGAGCUGGAAGGGGACAGCAUCCGGCUGCAGGGCCUGCUGAAACACAAGGAGCAGGAGCUGGAGGAGAUCCGCAAGGAAUUCGCUGACAGGCUGGUGGGGACUGAGGAGGAGAACGCGCGGCUGAAGGCGGAGAUGGCGGAGCUGAGGGCUCGGCAGCGCCUGGAGCUGGACAGGCUGGGGCGGGAGAAGGACCAGGAGCUGGAGGAGGUUCACAGGAGGGUGAAGGCGGCGGUGCGGAGGAAGGAGGAGAGCAUGAGCAGCCUCAGGAAGCAGUACGAGGCAGCCGUGCAGAGAGCCAGCCUGCUGGAGUCCCUGCUGGAGCAGCAGCGGCAGUUGGCCACCGAGUGACCGUCCUGCUGGCCAGGGAGCGGGGCUGCCAGUGGGGUCAGCUUCUGCCCUCCCUGUUCCCUCAUUGUCCACAGCCUGAUCCCGCUGCCAUGGGACCUUUGGUGGCCUUUAGAUGUUCAGGAGUUUUGAUGGCCUUUAGAUGUUCAGGAGUUUUGUUCUGAC